AUGCAGACUAGACCCCCAGCAGCCAUGCUAGAUGGAGAAAACAAAUACAUCUGCUGUUCUGGGGCUGGGAAAGAAAGAUCGCGAGGCGGUCGGCGGCGUCGCCACCGCGGCUGUGGCUGGGGCCUGGCGCCGGUCAACUUCUGCGAAGAAGAUAAAAAGAGCGACGAGUGCAAGGCUGACAUAGAGCUAUUCGUGAACAGGCUUGACUCGGUGGAAUCUGUUCUUCCUUAUGAAUAUACGGCGUUUGAUUUUUGUCAAGCAUCUGAAGGAAAACGCCCAUCUGAAAAUCUUGGUCAGGUGUUAUUUGGAGAAAGAAUUGAACCUUCACCAUAUAAGUUUACAUUUAAUAAGAAGGAGACCUGUAAGCUUGUUUGUACAAAAACAUACCAUACAGAGAAAGCUGAAGACAAACAAAAGUUAGAAUUCUUGAAAAAAAGCAUGCUACUGAAUUAUCAACAUCACUGGAUUGUGGAUAAUAUGCCUGUAACAUGGUGUUAUGAUGUCGAAGAUGGUCAGAAGUUCUGUAAUCCUGGAUUUCCUAUUGGCUGUUACAUUACAGAUAAAGGCCGUGCUAAAGAUGCCUGUGUUAUUAGUUCAGACUAUCAUGAAAGAGAUACAUUUUACAUCUUCAACCACGUUGACAUAAAAAUACACUACCACGUUGUUGAAACUGGGUCCAUGGGAGCAAGAUUAGUGGCUGCUAAACUUGAACCAAAAAGUUACAAACAUACCCAUAUAGAUAAACCAGACUGCUCUGGAACCCCCAUGGAUAUAAGUAACAAGGCCUCUGGGGAGAUCAAAAUUGCCUAUACUUACUCUGUUAGCUUCGAGGAAGAUCCAAAGAUCAGGUGGGCAUCUAGAUGGGACUAUAUUCUGGAAUCUAUGCCUCAUACCCACAUUCAGUGGUUUAGCAUUAUGAAUUCCCUGGUCAUUGUCCUCUUCUUGUCUGGAAUGGUCGCUAUGAUUAUGCUACGGACGCUGCAUAAAGAUAUUGCCAGAUAUAAUCAGAUGGAUUCUACGGAGGAUGCCCAGGAAGAAUUUGGCUGGAAACUAGUUCAUGGUGAUAUAUUCCGUCCUCCAAGAAAAGGGAUGCUGCUAUCAGUCUUUCUAGGGUCGGGAACACAGAUUUUAAUUAUGACAUUUGUGACUCUGUUUUUUGCUUGCCUGGGAUUUUUGUCACCUGCCAACAGAGGAGCACUGAUGACUUGUGCUGUGGUCCUAUGGGUGCUGUUAGGCACUCCUGCAGGCUAUGUCACUGCCAGAUUCUAUAAGUCCUUUGGAGGUGAGAAGUGGAAAACAAAUGUUUUAUUGACAGCAUUUCUUUGUCCUGGGAUUGUAUUUGCUGACUUCUUUAUAAUGAAUCUGAUUCUCUGGGGAGAAGGAUCUUCAGCAGCUAUUCCUUUUGGAACACUGGUUGCCAUAUUGGCCCUUUGGUUCUGCAUAUCUGUGCCUCUAACGUUUAUUGGUGCAUACUUUGGUUUUAAGAAAAAUGCCAUUGAACACCCAGUUCGAACCAAUCAGAUUCCACGUCAGAUUCCUGAUCAGUCCUUCUACACAAAGCCAUUGCCUGGUAUUAUCAUGGGAGGAAUUUUGCCCUUUGGGUGCAUCUUUAUACAGCUUUUCUUCAUUCUGAAUAGUAUUUGGUCACACCAGAUGUACUACAUGUUUGGCUUCCUGUUUCUGGUGUUUAUCAUUUUGGUUAUUACAUGUUCUGAAGCAACUAUACUUCUUUGCUAUUUCCACCUAUGUGCUGAGGAUUAUCAUUGGCAGUGGCGUUCGUUCCUUACUAGUGGCUUUACUGCAGUUUAUUUCUUAAUAUAUGCCAUACACUACUUCUUUUCAAAACUUCAGAUAACAGGAACAGCAAGUACAAUUCUGUACUUUGGUUAUACCAUGAUAAUGGUUUUGAUCUUUUUUCUUUUUACAGGAACAAUUGGCUUCUUUGCAUGCUUUUGGUUUGUUACCAAAAUUUACAGUGUGGUGAAAGUUGACUGAAGAAGCCCAGUGUGUCCAGUUAAAACAGAAAUAAAUUAAAUUCUUCAUCAACAAACAUCUGUUUUGUGACUACCUUGAGUUUUAUCAGACUUAUUGGCCUAGUAAUCCUUCAGAAACAAUAUAAUUCUAAGUACACCUCUUCCCAUACAUUUUUCCCCACAAAAUGUGUUUUCAACACUAAAACAUUUGUAUUGUGAUUUGAUCAAGUAUAUAUUCAGUUGUUCUCAAUGAAGAGCAAAUUUAAAUAUUAUGUGCAUUUGUAAAUACAAUAGCUAUAAAAUUUUCAGUACUUCUAAUGAUAGUAAUAGAGGAGGCCGUAUUAAACAAUACUGAUGAAAUGCCAGACAGUUCAUUGUAAAUAGAAUUUUCUAGGCUCGGUAGGUGGAAAGAAUUAUUUUUCUUUGAAGGAAAUAACUUUUUAUCAUGGUAAUUUUGAAGGAUGAUUCAUAUGAUGUGUUUAUUGGGGGGAUGUGGCUUUUUAAAAAAAAUCCUGUAUUGGUUGUAAUUGUUCAUACUUUCUUUUCUGUGUUGACUUCAUUAUUCCCAUGGUAUUGGCCUUUUAAACUAUGUGCCUCUGAGUCCUUCACUUUAUAAAUUUGUUAUCUUAAUAAAUAUUGUAAAAACGUC